AUGGAUGAAAUAUUAUCAUUAAAAUAUUUUCUUGAAGGGCAUGAACAGUUUUCUACUGGAAGUAGAAUCAUUGUCACAACUAGAGAUGUGCAGUUGCUUAGGUCAGUCACGGAUAAAAUUUACGAGGUUAAAGGGUUAGCUUAUUUUGAAGUUCUUAAACUCUUCCAUAAACAUGCUUUUAGAAGACAAAUUUCUGUUGCAGUAGACUAUGAAGCAUUAUCAGGAAGAGUGAUAACUAGGGCAAAUGGCAAUCCAUUCGCUCUUAAAGUAUUGGGCUCUUUCCUUUGCUCCAAGAGUAAACAAGAAUGGGAAAGUGCAUUGGAUAAGCAGGCAAUAGAUCCAGACAAGGAGAUUAUUCAAGCAUUGAAAAUAAGUUAUGACGGAUUAAGCAAAGGCUCCCAGAAUAUGUUUCUUGAUAUUGCAUGCUUCAUUACCGGUAAAGUUUACAGAGAAGAAGUAGAAUACAUGUUCAGUUGCAGUGACCAUUAUGAUGCGACAAUAGAAAUAACUGCUCUUAUUGAUAAAUCCUUAUUAACAGAAAGCUGCCCAUAUGGAAGAAGACGCUUGUCAAUGCAUGAUUUACUAAGAGAAAUGGGUCAGGCAAUUGUUUGUGAUGAAAGCAAAAUACCUGGAAAUCAUAGUAGGUUGUGGACCGCUAAUGAUGUAUGCCAUGUAUUGGAGAAAAAUAAAGGAACUGAUGCAAUCCAAGGCAUAUUAUUGAAUCUGUCUGAUCGUGGUAUUAAAAAAAAUGUGCAAGGAACUGAUGCAAUCCAAGGCAUAUUAUUGAAUCUGUCUGAUCGUGGUACUAAAAAAAAUGUGCAACUAAGCUAUUUUCGUUGGGAUUCAUGCCCUUUGAAAUAUCUGCCAAAUUUUAGUCCGAAGAAUCUUGUUGGACUUAUUAUGCGUGAGAACAAACUUGAAAAACUUUGGAAUGAAGUCCAGCUCCUUGACCUCGAGAAGCUAAAGAAGAUUGAUCUUAGUAAUUCUGAGCACCUUACUGGAAUACCAAAUUUAUCUGGGGCUAUCAAUCUUGAAACUAUAACACUCCGAGGUUGUAAAAGUUUGGUUCAAGUUGCUUUAAAUUUACAAAAUCACCCCAAGCUUCAGAUUCUAGAUUUGAGAGGAUGCGACAAUCUCGAAGAAUGCAGAGAUUCUGAAAAUAUUGCAACAAAUAAUACAACAUUUAUAGAAGAAGAGACCUCAUCAUUAGUUCCCGUUGAAUUAUAUUUCUCAGAUUGCAAAAGACUGAGAAGUAUACCAGAAAGCAUUGGGAAAUUGAAAUAUCUGAAAUGGCUGGCUCUUAGUGAAUGCCCAAACCUCGAAAAGUUUCCAGAAAUCUCUUCAGGCGGUAUGGAAUGCUUGGAUGAGCUUUUGUUAGGGGGAACGAGGAUUGAAGAGUUAUCCGAAUCAAUUGAAAAUAUUAAAAAGCUCAAACACCUAAGUUUGAAGGAUUGA